AUGUUUGAGGCUCUGCGGGAUGAGCAACUUGAGCUCGGACUGGACCCAUGGGCGCCCUUUGAUGAUGAGGAGGAGUGGGAACUGGCCCGAUGGCUGGUUAAUAAUGUUGGGAAGAAUGCUAUUGAGGAGUUUCUGAAGCUACCUAUUGCUCAUAAACGCCUCGGGACAUCCUACCAAAGUGCAUAUAAACUGUUUCAGCGAGUAGAUGCACUCCUGCACGGUGCUGACUGGCAGCUACGCAAAGUGACAGUGAAGGGAAACCUGGAGGGGAAGGAUGGUCAACCGCUCAAGGAGGAACUCGAGUUAUGGUUCCAUGAUCCUGUCAAAUGCAUCAAAGACUUGUUCAGCAAUCCUCUAUUGAAGGACUCGAUUGUGUAUGCACCAGAGAAAAUAUUUGACGACAAGGAUGGGGUGGUACGCCGAUAUGAAGAGAUGUGGACGGGGGACUGGUGGUGGGAGAUGCAGGGAAGGGUGCCUACUGGCUCAGUAGUGGCACCGGUCAUUCUCGCGUCUGAUAAGACGGCACUUUCUAUGUUUUCGGGCAACAAGACGGUGUGGCCCGUUUAUCUCACUCUUGGGAACAUUGCCAAAGACGUUCGAUGCCAGCCCUCAAAACGUGCUAUGCUCCUCAUUGGCUACAUCCCCGUAACAAAACUGGAGUGCUUCUCAGAGGAUGUGCGUUCUCUCGAGGGUUAUCGGCUCUAUCACUAUUGUAUGAAUAUCAUUCUCUCAGCACUCCAUGACGCUGGUGAAGGCGGAGUUUCUAUCACUUGUCCUGAUUGUGUAAUCCGUCAAGUCUAUCCUAUUCUAGCAGCUUAUGUGGCCGAUCACCCAGAACAAUGUCUCAUUUCGUGUUGCAAGGAAAACCGAUGCCCCAAGUGCCUUGUAGAACGUGACGAGCGAGGAAAUUUGAAGUGCUCUACAAUGCGAACGCCAGCUUCAUUUCUUUCUAAAGCGGCCAAGGUGGAGCGUGGUCAGAUGCGGACUAAGGAUUUCGAGGAUCUUCAUGGGCUUCGUCGGGUGUUUGAUCCAUUCUGGGCAACGCUUCCGCACACCGACAUCUUCACAUGCAUCACACCCGACAUCUUGCAUCAACUUCAUAAGGGGAUGUUCAAGGAUCACCUUAUGUCCUGGUGCCUCAGCAUUCUCGGCAAGGAUGGCCUUGAUGCACGUUAUCGGACGAUGCCUCCUUAUGAUGAUCUUCGGCACUUCAAAAAGGGAGUUUCAUCAGUGUCGCAAUGGACUGGGACCGAACACAAGGAGAUGGAGCGGACGUUCAUAGGUGCUCUCUCGGGGCUGGUCAGUUCAGAGGUUUUAGCCGCUGCAAGAGCGUUACUGGACUUCAUAUUCCUUGCUCAAUAUGAGUCUCACACGGACCUUACACUGGCGACGAUGACAAAGUCUCUCAAAGAGUUCCAUAAGCAUAAGUCAGUAUUCGAAGACUGCGUUCGUAGCUUCAACUUUGCAAAACUGCACGCUAUGCUCCACUAUGUCGACUCAAUCCGGCUGCUUGGCACCGCGGACGGUUUCAACACAGAAUUCCCAGAACGGCUCCACAUUGAUUUUGCAAAGCGAGCGUACAGAGCAAGUAAUCGACGUGACUAUCUCAUACAAAUGACAACAUGGUUGCGACGCCAAGAAGCUCUUGCUAUUCGGGCCGCAUACCUAGAGUGGCUCGGCGUUGCUUCUUCAUCUGCGGUUACUGCCGAUUUGGACGACUCGGACAACGACUCGGACAACGACUCGGACAACGACUCGGACGACCACAUAAGACGUCUCGCUCGAUUUCACUUGCUUGAUUCUUCGGGCACACGCGGGUACUACCUACCCCGCUGCUGUCACGUUCCCAAUGCUUGCCUGUCCGCAGUUGAACUGUCUCAACGUGCCCCUUGUAUUGUUGAUGCCAUAAACACCUACUUCGCCAGUCAGCCUGGUUCAUCCUCCCUAUCAAAUGUCUCUGCCACUACCACCAUUAAUCUCUACAACUAUGUCUGCAUCCUUGCCCCACCCUUGCUCCAUUUCAGCCCUCUGAAACGAUUCCACAAAAUCCGUGCCGCCGCUUCCUACCAGCCCAAAGAUUCACAAAAACCCUUAGUUCCAGCCCAGUUCGACACAGCCAUGCUCAUCGUCGACAAGCUUUCAUUUUCCAAUGAUGACCAGUCUCUCACCGGUAAGCAAUUGGUUUCACGUUUACGCAUCGCGCGCAUCCACGCAAUCUUUAAGCUGCCUGACCAUUAUGGUGAGAAAGAGCCUCUCGUCUACAUUCACUGGUAUCGCCGCUUCCAAUCCGUCGACUCGGCUACUUCAAUGUUCAAGAUCGUACCAGCUACACGUGGUCACAAACCGCAUGCUGCCGUCGUCCCAUUAACACACGUACUCCGUCUAUGCCAUCUCAUCCCUUGCUGCUCUAGGGAUAACAGUCCUAACUGGGCGAGGGAGACGGCACUCGACGAGGGCAAGUUUCUAUUUAAUCAUUACAUUGACCUUGACCUUUUCGAGCGCACAAGGCUCGAGCAUUUAAAUACAUAG